AUGGACCCCAGUCGCCGUCCGACCAAAGUGAAUAUCGAGGAUCUGAAGCCUAUCAUGAAACGCCUCGUCACGUCCAAGGGGCCCCCACAGAACGCGAUUCGCACCGCUGUAACCGAACUCCUCUCUCUCAACUCUGUCCAGCACUUCACGAAGGGCUUCCUCCCGAAGGAACUCAACGCAUUCGCCACCCACGCGUCUCGCUACUUUGAGCUUUAUCUCCCGUCCGGCUCUAUCGAGAUAGCGCACACCGGUCGCUACACCUUCCGAACGGGCAAGUCAGAGCUAUGCAUUCUCGCCACUCGCCCUCUCCAGCCUGGGGCCGUCAUCACCGAGCUCAAGGGCUCUAUGGCCGACCUUACCGACGCGGAGGAUCAGGAACUCAAACGUACCGAUGACCUUCGACACUCGUAUGGCGGCAUCCGUCGUGACUUCAGUGUCAUUCACUCCAAGCAACUCAAGAAGAACCAUCUGUUCUUGGGCCCGGCCCGGUUCGUCAACCAUGACUGUGAUAACAACUGCGAGCUAUUCCGUGAAGGCCGUUACAUCACAUUCCGUGUGAUCAAACCGAUCGCCGUCGGAGAGGAAGUUACAGCACACUAUGGGGACGGUUAUUUCGGACGAGGAAAUUGUCACUGCCUCUGCGCCUCUUGUGAGAGGAAAGGAAUCGGAGGU